AUGUCAAACACAAAACCCAUCCCCACCAGCGACUACGAAGCCGUCGCCGCCGUGGUCAACGACUUCUACAUCGCCGGCUGCGCCAAGGGCGACAGCACCCUCCUCGCGCGCGGCUUCCACAAGGACGCCGCCAUGUACGGCCACAUCGGCGGCCAGCUCCUCGGCGGGCCGAUCCAGAUCCUGUACGACUUCAUCGGCGCCGGCGGCGAGGCGCCGCGGAUGAAGGCCCGCGUCGACGUGCUGGCGAUCACGCCGACGACGGCCGUCGUCAGGGUGGACAUGGAGCAGGACGCCGCGGGGAACAACUACACGGAUUUCCACUCGCUGUUGAAGUUUGACGGGGAGUGGAAGAUUAUUUCAAAGGUCUUUCAUACGUAUGCUUCGUAA